GAUCACCGCUCAAGUGGCAUUGUGCAGCACUUUCAUUUCUGUGCGGAGUCUAUUUUAGCGCAAUGGACGCGGUCCCAUCUUCGACUUCGCCGCCCGUAGCAGCAGGGGCGUCGACGAGUGCAGCUCCGUCCCGCGGCGCACAUCGUGGCGGCCGUCGCGGUGGUCGCGGGGAGGGCCGUGGACGCGGUGGCGGCGGCGACAGAGGUCGUGGUGGAGGUCGAGGUGACGGACGCGGACGCGGACGUGGACGAGGUGAUCACCGCGGUGGAGGCCGUGGUGCUGGUCGGGGUUACGUGCCAAAGGCGACUAUGCGCCACCGUUCCCUCUCAGGUAAACACGGCACACACGACAGCCGCGACGGCGAGCCUGCCGCCAAGCGUGAACGCAAGGACCAAAAGCCGAAUUCCAAUUUUGCGCUUCUGCACUCUCUGCUGGGCGACGCGGCGUUGAUCGCCGAGUACGUCCGCAAGUACCACGCCAGCGAAAAGUUCAGAGAUGCGAAGUCCAUCAACGCCUUUCUGCAGGCGAUCAGUCAGCGGCCUGAGCCGGUGUACGAGGAGCUGAUGGCGCGCCACAAGGAUGAAGUCUUCACGACGCUCGAGCGUCUCUUUGCGGUGUAUGCGCUGGGGAAGCAGACGAUGAACCCUCCUGCGCACGAGUUUCUCAUCCGCUGCGAGCAGGCGGGGGUGCGGAACGCGGUGUGGGGCGAGGGGGUCAAGACGCUGCCGGAGAAGGCACCAGAGACGGACGAGGACCAAAAUGCGGAGGGCAACGCAGGCAACAAGGAGGCAGCUUCUUCCGUUGCUCCUCCUGCACCGAGGAUGAUGGCGCCGACGUUGCCCACGGGAGAAGCCUCGCUCUUGUCGCCGCGUGAGUUACUUAAGAAGUUGGCUGCCCUCGAUCCCGUCGGCCGCCUGCAGCGCCUUAUUGAGCUCUCCCGCACAGUGGGGGAGAUGCAGGUGUGCGCGAAGAAGCUGACUGCGCUCAUGAGCGAAAGCGAGGGCACGUCCAGCGGCAACAGCGUUAAUCCUCACAUGGAGGGGAAGUUUGACUUCGCCGCCAAGUGCCAACUCAUCAGCAAAUUGCUUUCGAAGGCGCGUCGGGUAGUGGAGCCGACUUUUGCAUCACCGCCAAAGGCAGCUGCGGAGGCGAAAGAGGGAGAGGGGAAUGCCAAGGCAGAGUCCGCCAAUGAGGAGGCCGAAGUACACGAAAACGAAGAAAGUGAACUUCAAGGUGAGAAGAAUGUGUCGCUGUCGAUCGUUGAUCCUCUCGCUGCAUCCGACGCCGACACCUCCACUGCAGCUCCUCCUCCGGUGCGCCGCCGUCGCGAUUCUCUUACUGACGAUGAGGUGCACACCUUCCAGUCCACCAUCUCCGCCGCGCUGCACACCCUCGAAGGCGUCUUAAAGAGUCGUCCGCCUAACGACACACCGCAGCCGCUGUCCAAGUUCUGCAAGCUGCUGGAGUGGUGCAAGGCACACGGCCUGCUGGCGAGCGAGGAUGAGCGCUUCAUCGCGUUGCUGGAGCAGGAGGUGGAGAGCGACAUUGCAGCGCAGGCAACGCAGCUGGAGACCGUGAUCAAUCUCAAGUCUCUCGUGGCGGGCGACACCGCUGCCCUCGCGCAGGUGGUGGAUCGACUGUGGGCCGCUGGAGGGGAGAAGUGCUUCGUCCCCUCGAGCGUGGAUGUCCUCUCUGCUAUGGCGGUGGCGGCGUCGGCCGACGGCGUCGCGGCGGAUGUGAAGCGUCUCGUUGCCGAUCGCCUUGCCCAGACGCAGUGUCACCUGGCGGGGACGGUCGUCCUGCCUCGCCGUGCGUUGCGCUUCGUGAAUGAGGAGCGGAACAAGGUGAAGCAGGCCACCAUCGCGAAGCAGCUGGAGGAGACGGCCGCAAAUUACAAGACGGAAGGAGCGGCGGAGCGCGUGGAAGAGGAGGGGGAGGAGGAGGACAUGGAGUUGGAGGAGGCGUAA